UCAUUGGUUUGUUAUUGGUUCUUUCCUCAGUCAUCUUCUCUUCAACUGCAACUAACACACCCAAAUCACCACAAUCUUUCCAAAACAAUGCCACUGAAUCAACCUAUAUGUUACUAAUCACUUCUACCAUUCAUUCAAUUUCAUCUACAAAAUAAAAACCAAACCAUGGCAACAUCGAAAACAAUCUCAGCAGCUCUCAAACUCGUUGACACCAAGAAACAAAAUCUCAAAAAAGCAUACGAUGAUCUUCAAUCACAUUCUUCUCUCCUCUCUUCCCUCCCCCUUUCAUGGCCAGACCUUGAUUCUCACUUCACCACCCUCCACAACACUCUCUCUCAACGUUUCCUCCAUCUCCAAACCCUAGAAUCACAGUUACAUCAAAACCACACCGACCCAUCAUCUUCCCCUUCUCAAUUACCUAACCCAAAUCCUAAAAAUCAAAACUUUUCAUCAGACCCUAAUGACCCAUCUUCGUCUUCUAACCCUACAACUCACUUGGAAGCGUUGACUGCGUUUUGUAAGAACAAUGAUGGAAAAGGGUUGAGGACUUACAUCGGGGAUAAUUUUAAGGACAAAGGUAUAAUGAAAGAUGAACUUCAGAGUGCAUUUAAAUCUGCGUCUAAUCCUGCUGACAUGGUUCUUGAUGCAAUUGAGGGUGUUUUUGUUGCAAAUGCAGUGAUUGAUGGGAAAGAACCUAGGUUUAUUAAAAAAAGUUUUAAUUUUUUGUUACAACAGUUGAGGGUUUUUUCUCCUUAUGUUAGUUUUGAUCUUAGAAAGAAAGCUAAGAGAUUGUUUAAUGAGUGGAAGGUAAACCUGAUGAAUGAGAAUUCUGAGCCGAGUUGGACUUUGGCUUUUUUACAAUUUGUUGCUGUUUAUGGUUUUCUAUCUGAAUUGACUCUGGCUGAGCUUGCUGCUUAUUCUGCUACUGCUUCUGCUAGUGAUGAUCUUAUUGACCUGUACCAGAUUAUUGCUUUGUCAGAUAGAGUUCAAGGUAUUAUUCAUAAACUUAUUGAAAGAAGCAAACAUAUUUUGGCUGUCAAGUAUAUUUUUCACUUCAAACUUACCGAUACGAUGCCACCAGUUCCCAUUUUGAAAGCUUACGUCGAUGAUGCACAAAAACUCGCUAAAAGACUUGCCUCCGAGGGAAAGCCAAAUAAUGAGGUCAAAUCUAGAGAAAUCCAUGCACUGAAAUCAGUGAUUAAGGUUAUUGAGAGCUAUAACCUUGAUUCUGAGUUUCCGCGUGCAAGCAUUGAACAACGUAUAGAUGAAUUGUAUAAGCAGCGUAGGGUAGGUGGAAAAACGGCUGCACCAGCAGCUUUUGCCGCAAAGCCACAACAACAACUGAGUGGAAUCAAGCGUCGUCUAACUGCUGCUCCAUUCGGUCCCGCUUCAACCAUACACCAAUACCAACAACCUCAUUUCCCUCCCACGAGUUUGUUGCCGGAACAUCCAAAUCCAUACACGAGCAUGCCACCAGCACCGUUUGGCAUGAAGGCACCGACACCAACUGUCCCCUCCUAUACAGUUCCAAUGGCUACCAAUGGAAACCUCAAUCAAUCUGUUUCUCAUCCGAAUUCAUCACAACAACCACUAGUUAUGCCGGGUUAUUAUGCCUCAAUGGGUCCCAACAGCAACCUCGGUCAAGGUGGUUCUCAUCCCAAUCCGUCAGAGUCACGGGUUAUGCCAGGUUAUUAUGCCCCAAUGAGUUCCAGUGGCAACGCCGAUCAAGGUAGUUCUCAUCCGAAUCCGUCUGCUUCUGGCGGCUAUGGUCUGCAACAUUAUUACGGAUAGCAAUUGCUUUCUCUUUUGGGUACUUAAUUCCAAGAUUUUAGGAUAGGAAUCUGAUUAAACAAGUAAGAAUUGUGACCUUUCACUUUUCAAUUACAUCAUUUUGCAUCGGAAAAGUUCAUUUUAGAUCGGUCGUGAUCUAGUUUGAACUUCUUUGUUCUUGAUCUUCUUAGUUGCGAAAAUAUUUCUGCUAGGCGAUGAAACUUAGACAGGUUUUGGAAAAUAAUACUCACUAGUAUAGAAACUUUAUACUUUCGAAUUAUGUGUAGUUUUAGUCUAGAAUGAUUUAACAAGUUUUCUGUGCUUUCA